AUGGGUUUGUCAUUCACCAAGCUUUCCGGAAGGAAGGAGAUUGGCAUACUAAUGGUUGGCCUUGAUAUGGCUGGUAGAACUACUAUCUUGUACAAGCUCAAGAGAGGGGAAGUUGUAGCUACGGGUGCUACGAUUGGAUAUAAUUUGGAGACCCUGGAGUACAAGAACAUGAGCUUUACUUUCUGGGACAUUGGAGGCCAGAACAAUAGACUACCAUUGCCAAGAUAUUACUUCCAAAACAUUGAAGCAGUGAUCCUUGUUGUUGAUAGCAAUGACCAAGAUCGUGUUGUUGAUGCUCGGGAGUACCUGCAAAAGCUGUUGAGUCAGGAUGAACUUAAGGACGCACUCCUCCUGGUGUUUGCAAACAAGCAAGAUCUUCCAAAUGCAUUGACUGCUGCAGAAAUUGCAGACAAGCUUGGUCUUCACUCCCUCCUCCAUCGCCGUAACUGGUAA